CGCAAUGCCGUUACUCUGCCGGACUCUUCCGCACUGACCAUCAAGAGCUGCACGUGACUUUGACCUUUAAAUUUUAUUUUCAAAUCAUAACUUUUUUUAAUAGCUUGGAACAAUAUUCGCUUUUAUUGUGCGUGAUCAAAAACUUUAAUUGAUGCUGACUGAAAGCUGACAAAUUUUUAAUUCGUUCUGCCAAAACUGAUUUUGUCAUCAGUGAUAGUCAGUGAGACGUAUAUAGUGUGAAUACUCUACUUGGAUAUUUUGAGAAACAAAUUGCAUGUUCUUUUAUUUGUGUGAACUAUACAUCUAAACUGAACUUCUCUGCACGUCAAUUCUGCACAAGGCAUGCCUUUUACCAGAUUAAAAUUUUCAAAAUUUUGAAUCUCAUUAUUUUCUACAUCAUGACUACUGUCUCAUGCUGCAUCUGGCCUUGAACUGCAGACGACAAAAUUUUAGUUACAGCUUGAAACAAGAAUCGUAGAAUGGAAGAUGGUUGUUGGAACCUCGAUGAGAUUCGGGAAGAGGAGUUCGACCAGUUGGCGAUCUACCGUGUGCCCGAUCAGCAGGUGGACAGAGAUGACACUCGCAACAAGUCGGAAGCGUCGCUGCCGAGGAACCUUACCCUCAAGCCUUCUAAGUCAAACCACGGGGCUUUGGGAGUUUGGGCGACCGAUUACAUUCCAAAGGGCACCCGUUUCGGACCAAUGGAUGGCGACUGCUAUCAUGUAUCAGAGGUUAACCACGUUACAAACAAGAAAUACUUCUGGAGGGUAUACAAAAAUGAUCACGAAUAUUACUAUGUGGAUGGCUUUGACGUCCACAAGUCUAACUGGAUGCGCCAUGUGAGUCCAGCUUACCAACUCUCGGAGCAAAACUUAGUUGCUUGUCAAGUCAAAGAGGAGAUCUAUUUCUACACCUUUAAACCAAUCCUACCUAAUCAAGAACUUCUAGUAUGGUAUUGCAAAGAAUAUGCCAUGCGUCUGCAAGCAGCCAUAGAAAUUGACAAUGGAAUACGUAAUCAAUUAACCCCACCGGCAGAACCUUUUGGACAUCCAACGAUAAACUUCAAGAAACAUUAUGAAUCCCACCAACAUGUUGAUAUUCUCACCCCACCGGAAGAUAGCAGUGAUAGUGAGAGUGAAAGCUUCGCUCUGGAUUUCAGCGUCAAAGGGAAAGCAGCAAAGACCACCGAGAUUCCAGAAUCCGCGAAAAACUCUGAAAACGAAAAUGAUAAACUGUCAAAAGUUGAAGAAAAAGAGGAAGAUGAAAAUAUGCACGGUAGGAACGAUUUUCAUAAGUUAAAAAUAAAAAUCGCCAGGGCUUAUAACUGUAGAAACAUCAACGUUUCGGAGAAGAUUGAUGACAAUGAAUACGAUGGUAAGCUUACUAUCGUUGAAGAUCCUGAGGAAGAAGAGAAGUUGGAAGUGGAUGAUAAAUCAAGCAAGGAGGAAGAGUUUCAAGAAAUAAGCACAAGCGUAAAAGCAAUGGAAAUCGACAGCCAGUAUGUUGCCCCACAUCCUAGCAGCCCCAAAUGUGCAAGCAGUCCUAAGUUUCCGGAUGAUGAUAUCAAUAGGAGGGAAUCUGCUUUCAUGUAUUACGAAGGGACAGUUUCAAAAUUGAAUGAGGAAUAUACACGACCUUUACCUUCAGGUAUUUUAGCGCAAUAUUUGACGGCGUGUAAGAAAGAAAAUUCUUCAAUACGAACACUGCAAGAAUUCCAUCGAGAAACCUUGAAGGAGCCGGUUCGAGUUAUUGUCCCUAACGUCUGUAACGAAAACCCAGACUCUUCAUCUCAGAAUGUUAAAAAUAUAUACGCGCACAAAAAUGGGGUACAUUUCGUCACUUCAAGCAGUCAGAAUCACGAAAUGCAUAGUCCAGAUUCCACAGACAAAAGCCAUGCUCCCAGCAGUCCUCCAAAUCCUUACCUUCUUCACAGCACGACAAACAACUUCCUUUACAGCAAUACGGCUGCUCCGAUAUUUUCUCCUGCUCACUUCAAUAUGUACACAUAUUCAAUACAAGAACGAAUGCCCGCUCCACUGCCGUUACGUAACGGAGGGCCAUUUCAUGCACCACCACUAUCGGAAUAUGCCAAACAACUGAAUCUUUCUCAUCAUUCCAACGCUCACCAUCACAUGAACUUGAUGAAUCAUUCUGCUGGUCAUCUGGAAGUUGCGAAGAAUAACUUCUUAAACACAAAUAUGCAUUCACCACCUGGUUCUGAUAGGUUGCAUCCCAUGCGACCUCAUUCUCCUGGUUCCCAUGGACGAGGUUAUCGUUCGCUACCCUAUCCUUUAAAGAAAAAAGAUGGUAAAAUGCAUUAUGAAUGUAAUGUCUGCUCGAAGACAUUUGGACAGUUGUCUAACCUUAAAGUUCAUUUAAGGACACAUUCUGGCGAGCGACCUUUCAAGUGCAACGUGUGCGCAAAGAGCUUCACUCAACUGGCGCAUUUACAGAAGCAUCACUUAGUACAUACGGGUGAGAAGCCACAUCAGUGCGAUGUUUGCAAAAAAAGGUUCAGCAGCACAAGCAAUUUAAAAACCCACCUACGUUUGCACAGUGGACAGAAACCGUAUGCAUGCGAUCUCUGCCCGGCAAAAUUCACUCAGUUUGUUCAUUUAAAACUCCAUAAGAGACUACAUACGAACGAGCGGCCGUAUACCUGUCAGACUUGCAACAAGAAAUACAUCAGUGCUUCUGGUCUUCGAACUCACUGGAAAACUACAUCCUGUCAACCCAACGCAGUAUUCUUUGAUAGCCUUGAUGGACAUCAUUAUGAAUAUCCAAUGACAGAUCUCAGUGAUAAUGACUCUACGUCUCCUCCCAUAAGUCUCCCAAUCAAUGUGCCAGCUCUUCAUCCAAACAUGGAAAAUGCGAGGAGAAAUUUUCAUAACGGUCUUAAAAUGCCGUCUUAUAGUGACGUAAUAGGAUCACCUCCACUGUCUAACGCUUCUUCUCAUGAUUCUUACCUGUCUCAGCGGUCCGCACAAGAAUCGAUAUCCAGUGAGCCUGGUUCACCUGAUGACGGAAUUUCCAAAUGUGCUUCCGUCAGGGAAAUCUCCCUUCACUACAGAUCUAAAUGAAGGACAUGUUUCAUAAAUGUUAAAUUAAUUUACAGUGAUCUCCAAAUGUAUGUAGUUCAUUCAUAGCACAUUUAUUUGCCUAGUACUUUAUUUUUAUGUUCCCUAUUGAUUAGCUCAAGCAUUUUUUUCUCGAACUUCCGCAUCUGGUAGGCUGUUAUAAUUUGAUUCUCACAUCAGUAACUGUACUUGAAAUACCCUGUUGAUGAUGCUGGCAUCAAUUUUGUUUCAAGAUUAGUUGUUCUUAUACUGACUUAACUCUGUCGUAGAUAUUUCAUUCUGGACAUGAUGCAUAGUAAAACUUGAAAAGUUUUAAUAUUAAUCGUUCAAGAAACGUUAUCCCAUCAAACCUAUAACCAUGUCACAGUUUGUUUGCAUUCAGCAUCGGACUUGUUUGUGUACAAUCACUCUGAUGAUCACGUAAAUAUGCUACGAGUGAAGAUUUGAGCACAAAAUUAUUUGGUCUCAUAGAAGCAGGCUUUCAUUGCGACCAGCAAUAAAAAAAGGACUUGAUUACCAAGACAUAGUAUCUACUCAUUAACAAAAUGAAAUGUAGAAUUUUAUUCCAUGACUUGUAAAUAUUUGAGUUUUAUAAUUUAAUUUAUUAUUUUGUGUCGUUUCAAAUCAAAGAAAUGUUUAUACUUACAUAUUUAUGUUUCAUUCAUGUGUACGUACAGAUAGAAUAUCGAAGUAUGAUUUUCUACAAUGCCAUCAACAAUAUUUAAAUGUCUUCUAACGUCAUUCAUGUUAGAAUAAGUACAACAGUUUCUUUUUUCCUUCUGCAGUAAGAUCAAAACCAUAAACCUGAUUAGACCUUGUUAUUAAACACAUGUAGAAACUGAACUUUUCUUUAAAACUAAACAAAAAUAUUUAAUUAUUUAUUAAAGUUUCUAAAUAGCAAAAAUUAAUAAUUUAUAUUAAAAAUUCUAGAAAUUAAAAACUAUGCAUUCAGUUACAUUCUAAAAUUAAUUUACUAUGAUUUGCAAUUUAAUGAAUUCCAAUCAUUUUAAAAUUGUGUGUUUUAGCUAUUGUACAAUUUUUAUGUAAUUAUUUACGGGUAUAUUUUACUCUAACGAUCUUUACUUCUCCAAAAUAUAUGCAAUAAGUACCUUUUCAGUCAAAAAAGUGAAUGUAUGUGUACAUGUAUGCCUGUAUUUAUUUUCUGCAGUAUGAAUAAUGAGCAGAUGAUAAAAAAUACGUUGAUCUGUAGUAUGUUGUGAAAAGGGGUAAAUAUAUUAUUUAUAAGAUUUUAAAUUCUCGAACGACAAAUUUGAAGUUUAAAUCUUCGCCUGAAUUGUAAUAAGCUGCGUAUUACAUAAAAUUAUUUGAAUUUUAUGUAAUACGCAGCUUCAAAUAAUUUUAUGUAAUACACUAAAAUUUAAGCAGGAGAUUGAGUGAUUGGAAAGAUAAAAUUGUUAUUACAAUGUUAUUGAUUACCUGCCUUGUCUUUAAUAGCUUAAGGAAUAAUAUUUUUUGGGUUCUGAAGAUUUAAUUUUGGAUCUGAAUCUGAAGAUUUAAUUAACUACUUACCUGUCAAGUUCCUAACAGAGAAAAUUACCCCCCCCCCCAAAAAAAGUCUGAAAGCUUUUAGAUUUUAUAUUAUGCCCAAAGGGGCACUUUUUUUUUUUUUUUUUUUUUUUUCAUUUAUACACACAUUUAUAUUUCUAGAGAACUUGGGCUAUCGCCAUUUUAGUCUAAAAAUAUUUUAAAACAGCAUAUCUUUAGAGUUUCAGAUAGACAGUCUCGUGCAGUGGAGCUAAAAAUAUUUUACUUCCUACACUUUUGCCACUGCUCGCUUUGAAAUUAGUGAGCUUUUUAAUCAAAAAUUCGUUAAAACUUUAAAAAAAUAGGAAAUAGACAAUAAAAUAAAUUCCAAAUUCGGGCUUAGAGGUGCCCAUGUUUGAGUGCAGGAUUAUGUUAUUUAAAAUAUGAUGACUCUAGAUAACGUUUUUUUUUUUUUUUUUUUCCUCACAAUGCAAGAAA